AUGUCCCUGGAGGGAUCAAUAUCACCAUAUCUCUUACCGCCAUCCCUUCUCGACCUCCUAUCCAAUACGGUCAUUCUUGACACCACCCUUCCAUACCUACCUCUAUCAACCAUCUUCUCGCUUUCCAGGACAUCCCACGCUUUUCGCGAUCUGCUCUUCCAGACAGCUAGCGUCUUCCGCUACGUGGACCUUUCGCAAUGUCGCGGUGCAUAUGUGCCCCCGAAUUUAUUGACGAGAAUAGAUUCCGGCGGUCAUUCCUGGCGUGCCGAACGGAUGGACGAGAAUCUGACCGAAGACGAGUUCUAUGCCGGACCACUCCGUGGUGUCCUGUGGAAAUUACGCCGCAUGAAAGUAUUGCAACAUGUGCAAACUUUGGUGCUCGAUGAGCUGGCUUCCGUUACUCAUGAUCUGGUCAGCGAUAUUGUUCUUGCUCCGGAGUAUAAUGUGCGGUUACUUAGCAUUCGUCGAUGUCUGAAUGUCAAUCAGUCAAAGCUACAACAGCUUCUCCGCCACCUCUGCCGACCGAGCAGACCAGAAGGCACUCCACGCUUGCAGGGUCUCUACGUGUUCACAAACCCUGUUUCGCUCAAUCAACACGCAUACGACUACAAUUUCGUCACCUUAGGGGUAACAAUCUCGCAAGGCGCGCCGCUUGGUGCGGGGAUGGUCACCGCCGAUGGGAAGGCUGUCUCGAAUGAACUUGAACCAUGGUAUGCACCCAGCGGUCAGGUUAUUUCCCAAGGUCAUGCUCAACGAUGCGCAUGGGAAGAAACUCUCCAGACCUGUCAUGGGAUAAUCAGCUUCGAUGCUGUGUUAUGUACUCACAUGCACGUCGACAUGGCUCCGGUUCUGCACGCUGCCUCUCGAGAUUAUUUGAUGGAGAACAAACCUGGCAUACCCCCUAUGGCCACCGUGUCUCUCGGCCCCGGGGGAUGUGCAGGCUGCGGCCGAAACCCACAUGGCGCGCCUGUCUGGGGCAAAAGCGACUUCCGUGAAUUCCCUCUGCUCUGGCCCCCUCCCACGACAGGGAAACUCGUUGAUGCCGUUCGACCUCCACUCCGGACGACCGAAGACGGGAGAAUCCUCCCUCAACGAUUGAUCGUUUCCUGUACUUGGUGUCUGACGAAUCGAUACUGUGAAAGUUGUCACCGAUGGUGGUGCGCCGAUUGCUACAAUCCGAAAACGUCGAAGAAACUCAGUGACCUGGAAAGGCUGAGUCGGGCAGGACUUUCCUACUUCCCCUCCAGGGAGGAAAUUGAGAACGGGGCCACGGAUGCAGAUGGUGGCGACCACAUCAAGGUAUUUAAUCGGCUUUGCGUUCAGAACUGUCUUGUUGGCGAAUGGAUGACCGGGGCCGGCGGUGGCGGUAUGUGGGGAUGA